AUGCUGGCGUCAAGAAGUCUGACAUUGAUGAUAUCGUUUUGGUUGGUGGUUCUACCAGAAUUCCAAAGGUUCAAGAAUUGUUGGAGAAGUUCUUUGACGGAAAGAAGGCUUCUAAGGGGUAUCAAUCCCGAUGAAGCCGUUGCAUAUGGUGCUGCUGUUCAAGCCGGUGUGUUGAGUGGUGAAGAAGGUGUCGAUGACAUUGUGUUGUUGGAUGUCAACCCAUUGACUUUGGGUAUUGAAACCACUGGUGGUGUCAUGACCACCUUGAUCAACAGAAACACCGCUAUUCCAACUAAAAAGUCUCAAAUCUUCUCAACUGCGGCUGACAACCAACCAACUGUGUUGAUCCAGGUCUACGAGGGUGAACGUGCCAUGGCUAAGGACAACAACAAGUUGGGUAAGUUUGAGUUGACCGGAAUCCCACCAGCUCCAAGAGGUGUACCACAAAUCGAAGUGACUUUCUCGUUGGAUGCCAAUGGUAUCUUGAAGGUGGAGGCCAUGGACAAGGGAACAGGAAAGUCCGAGUCGAUCACCAUCACCAACGACAAGGGUAGAUUGUCCAAGGAGGAUAUCGACAGAAUGGUUGAGGAGGCCGAGAAGUACGCCCAGCAAGAUGCUGAGGUGAAAGCCAAGAUCGAGUCUAGAAACUCGUUGGAAAACUACGCCCACUUGUUGCGGGGUCAAUUGAAGGAUGAGAGCGAAACCGGGUUGGGAGCUAAACUUUCCGACGAGGACAAGGAAACCUUGGACGACGCCGUGAAGGAGACGUUGGAAUUCAUAGAGGACAACUACGACACUGCCACUUCUGAGGAGUUUGAAGAGCAGAAGCAAAAGUUGAUCGAUGUUGCAAACCCCAUCACUGCCAAGUUGUACGGCGGAGCCCCAGACGAUGGUGCCCAAUUUGGAGACGCCGACAGUGAUGACGACUUUGACCACGACGAGUUGUAA